CAUCACUGACGGGAGGGGGGUUGUUUACCGGCUCCACCUGACCCUGUCCGGUGGGCGGGGCUAACCGAGGGUGUGAGUGUGAUGCGGCCCGGAGAGGCGGGGCCGCCGGACGUGAGUAAAUGACGUCAACGGCUGGUGUCACCAGCGAAGGCAACAUGGCGACAGAACGCAGCGUCCUCACCGUCAUCAUCUGUCUGUGGAGCGCCGCGGCCGGCCGGACCCACGCCGCGGCUUCCGCGGCCGGGAGCCGCGUGCUCGGCAUGCGGCUGGAGCGGAGCGACAAGCCCGCCACCACCACUGACGACGGUGUCCUCCAGGUGACGGAGGAGAGCUCGGUGCUGCUGCGCUUCUACGGGCUGCGGCUGCACCCGGGCGCCUGGACGCAGAUCCGCUUCACCGAGCUGACGGACGGAGGCGGCGGUGGUGGUGGUGGCGGCGGCGGCGGCGGCGGCGGGGGGCAGGAUGAGGAGGAGGACGGAGGGGAGGCGGCUGCGCGCGUCGGCUUGGAGCGCACCUGCGCGGACUUCACCAAAGACAUCAGCGUGGGCAGCUUCAUGAACGUGAGCAGCGGCGGGACCUCCGGGGUCAUCACCGUGCACGUCAAGCCGCUGCGCAAGAGCGAACCGCGGAAGGAGUACGCGCUGUGCACGCGCAGCCCGGACGGGCUCCGCUGGCUGAAGCUGGGGGACAGCGAUGGACGGCUGGUGGUGGUGGAGGAGAAGAAGUCGCUGCUGCCCAUGUGGCUGCAGGUCAUCCUUAUUAGCUGCCUGCUGGUGCUGUCCGGCAUGUUCAGCGGGCUGAACCUGGGCCUCAUGGCGCUGGACCCCAUGGAGCUGCGCAUCGUGCAGAGCUGCGGGACCGACAAGGAGAAGAAGUAUGCUCGCAAGAUCGAGCCCAUCCGCAGCAAAGGCAACUACCUGCUGUGCUCGCUCCUGCUGGGAAAUGUCUUGGUCAACACCACGCUCACCAUCCUGCUGGACGACCUGAUCGGCUCGGGACUGGGCGCCGUGGUGGCCUCCACCAUCGGUAUCGUCAUCUUCGGCGAGAUUGUGCCGCAGGCGCUGUGCUCCCGCCACGGCCUGGCUGUGGGCGCCAACACCAUAGUGCUGACCAAGUUCUUCAUGUUCCUCACCUUCCCGCUCUCCUUCCCUGUCAGCAAGCUGCUGGACGUCCUGCUGGGCCAGGAGAUCGGAACUGUUUACAACCGGGAGAAGCUGGUGGAGAUGUUGAAGGUGACGGAGCCCUACAAUGACCUGGUGAAGGAGGAGCUCAACAUGAUCCAGGGGGCGCUGGAGCUGCGCACCAAGACAGUGGAGGACGUGAUGACACCGCUGGCCAACUGCUUCAUGAUCCAGGCCGACGCCGUGCUGGACUUCAACACCAUGUCCGAGAUCAUGGAGAGCGGCUACACGCGGAUUCCGGUCUACGACGACGAGCGCUCCAACAUCGUGGACAUCCUGUACGUCAAGGACCUGGCCUUCGUGGACCCGGAUGACUGCACCACCCUCAAGACCAUCACCAAGUUCUAUAACCAUCCGGUCCACUUUGUGUUCCACGACACCAAGCUGGACGCCAUGCUGGAGGAGUUCAAGAAAGGCAAAUCUCACCUUGCCAUCGUCCAGAAGGUCAACAACGAGGGGGAGGGGGACCCCUUCUAUGAGGUCCUGGGUCUGGUCACACUGGAGGACGUCAUCGAGGAGAUCAUCAAGUCUGAGAUCCUGGACGAGUCUGACCUCUACACGGACAACAGGAACAGGAAGAAGGUGGACCCGAACAAGAGCAAGCGCGACUUCUCUGCGUUCAAACACGACGGCGACAGCAAAGUCAAGAUCUCUCCGCAGCUCAUGCUGGCGGCUCAUCGCUUCCUGGCCACAGAGGUGAGCCUCUUCAGUCCAUUCCAGGUCACAGAGAAGGUUCUGCUCAGGAUCCUCAGACACCCUGACGUCAUCCAGGAGCUCAAGUUCAAUGAUAACGACAAACGCUCACCACAUCACUUCCUGUACCUGCGAGGGAAACCUGUUGACUACUUCAUCCUCAUCCUGCAGGGUCGAGUGGAGGUGGAGGCUGGAACAGAGAACAUGAAGUUUGAAACUGGAGCCUUCUCCUACUACGGAGUCAUGGCUCUGAACACACCCACGCUCGCCGUCACCCCCCCGCUCUCCCCCUCGGUGGCGUCCCCCCCUCCGCGACGUCUUUCUCUUAAGAGGUUUUCUGUGUUCUCUCGUUUCCCAGAGUUCCGCUCGCCUUCUCACGGCGGGAACCUGAACCGCUCAGCAUCUCUGAGCUGCACGGAGCGCCCCCCUGAGGGAGGGUCGGUGGGGGGGAGCAACAGUCAGAUCCCAGGAACUCCCUUCCAGUACAUUCCUGACUUCUGCGUCAGAGCACUGUCGGACCUGCAGUUUGUCAAGAUCACUCGCUCUCAGUAUCAGAACGGCCUGCUGGCGUCCCGACUUGACAGUUCCCCUCAGUCCCCAGAGGGCAGCAGUGUUCGCUUGGACAUGUCUGCCCCACUGCCCCCCGUCACUCCCCCGGGGACGUACUCUCCACUGCCGCUGGCCACUCCACCCAUCAAACACCCGGCACCACCUCAGCCCACGCCACCCGGGGGUCGGACCGCUCCGUUGUCAGGCCGGCGGCCAAGUCAGCCUUUGCCACAGGCCACGCCUUCUCCUGGAAACCACGCUCUCCAUCCACAAACUUCUGCUCAGCCAGGAUCCAAGCCUCUGCCGUCACCCCCUUCUGUUGACUCAGAGAACGGCGUGGGGGAGACCACCACAUUGCUCAGUGAGCAGCAGAACUGCGCUGGCCCUCGACGGCCCAGUGGCUCUAACCCGCAGGCCCAGGUCCACACUAUCAGCCACACACAUACCGAGAGCACCAUCUGAUGGAACGCGACACCUACUUCCUGGGCCUGAAUAGAACGCCACCUAGUGACCCUUCUUCAUCCUGCAUGGUCCUCUUCAACCAUAGUACAUGAGUCCAACCCAGAGAACAAAGGGUUCCAUCUGGGACUGGUAACCUUUGACCUUUUCAGGUUUGAGCGUUUGACUCAAGUUGUUUUUUUUUUUUUUUGUUAAACUUUGUCACUGUGAAGCAGCGAGACUCUCGGAGGAUCCGAACACUGUGACCACAGAAGCGCUGGACGUCAUGUUCGUGUGUUUGUGUCUUUAAGCAUCUGAUUUGGGUUCAGCUCUGCAGCUGAUGCUCACUAAGACCCAAAACCUGUCGCAAGGGUUGCAUUUACUUGCAUUACUCAGUGCUGACCGGCCGAGGAGCCCAAAAGCUAUGAACCAAAUCAUGCCAGCGACUUCCAGAACAAAUGGUCUUGUUGGUGCUGCGUCUCAAUUCUUGCAUGAUGAACGUACUGGAGAAUCAAUGCCAGACGCUGGCUCUGUUUGCAAUGGCCUGACAUCGUUGCUGCUGGGAGGCAGAAAUGCACCAAGCUCAAGCCACACCCAGCAUUCGCUUGAAGUGGUGAAUAUGUGGAAGUCAGAGAACGCUACAUAGAAAACUUGGAAACAUGUCAACAGGUUCAGCACGCAAACGUUUGCUACUGUAGCUCUAGCGUCAGGUGGCUGUGUGGCUCGCUAACAUUCAAGGUUCUGCUCUUCCAUCACAGCGGAUCAAGGUGGGAGGGCGUCAGCUGGCAUGUUGUGAAUCUAAAAAUCACAAGAUUUCUCAUGUCAAUGGAUCGUACGACAGACGGACCGCGAGUCAAUUUUAAACGGACAACAGGGUUGUUGUGUUAGCUUUCAAAGCUAACGGUUUGUUGGUUCAUGGCUUCAUGUUUAACCAGCCAGUGUUUUCUAUCUGCCAAGGUUCUUCCAGUGGAAAGUUAAUCAACAUCCAACCAGGUGAAGGAUUGACUGGCAUGUUGGAGUGUCGCGGUCGGCUGACUUGUUGAUAUUUAAGCAAACUUUCCAUCGCAUGUCUUCUCCCUGACUCCGCCCUCCUGUAGCCUGAGACGUAGAGUCAAACAUUUACAUGUUGCACUCCAAACCAGGGAAACCUCCUGCACUUCCUUCCUGAGUGUUUUCUGUGUUCACCAUGAGAUUAGAGCGGCAGGUGGUUCCUGACGCGCUGCUAGCAUGUGUGCUACUUCUGCCAGAGUCUUUAUCUAGAGUUUAUUUUCUUCAACAGAGACUGAAAUUCUAUUUAUCCGAGCGGUUGCUGCGGCACUGCCGGUGAGCCUUGGUUUUACCUGUGGAUUGACUUGGUUCAAGCACAAGCCCGGCACUGAAUGGCAGCAGUCACGUCUUGAUUAGCACUUUAGCGACUCCAUGUUGUUGCAUGUGACGUUAACUUGAGUGAAAUGUCUUCCUUAUCUGUAGCAGCACUUCACUCAUCCAUUCUUUCCUUCACUCUUCUGUCUGUUCAUCACCCAUCCAUCUAUUCAUUCACUCAUCCAUCCGUUCAUCCGCGCCUCUCUAUGUUGUUGUCACUCAUUUGAUUUCAUUUGUGACUGUUUGUUGACUUUACAAAGCCAAAGUUAAAGAAAGGGACAUUCCGCAGCCAGAGUGGAAAUGUAGCAAGGUGGGCGGGGCCACAGAUGACGGUGAACAGAGCAAUAACGUUUGCCCAGACCUUCUGCUGAAAGUAAAAACGACUUUUAUUUUAAACUGUUCCAUCUGGUCUGGGCCAGAACACCGACCGGACCGGGUCUGGUACUGUAGCUGGUCUGGUUCCGGAUGAAGCGCCUGAACAAGCUUGAAGCUGAGAGCGUUCGUCACCGGAGGACGUCGACACUCGUUUAUUUAUUAAAGAUGUCUGAGCAGAAGCAAUAAACUCCACACUUGAGCCACUGUUGUGUUUUUG